AUGCAAAUCUAUGACUUCAUUGGAGGAGAGAGAAAGAGGGUGGCGCAUGCGCGUUAGGCCGACGCCAUCUCUAAACUAUUGUGCAUUAUUACUUGUUGAAAGAUUUCGAUGACUUUUAGUGAAUUUGGUGGUGUAAUUCGUGAUAAAAAGCGUUAACCAUGGAAUUAAUGUGCCGCGUGUGAGGUCAAGUGUUCGUAUGUGUCGUUCGAUGACUGCAUCAUAAAAUCUUUCCAAUCGGUGCCGACGGCGGGGUCCCGUCUUGCGGAAGUUUCUUAGCUAUAGCAACGCAUAUUUUUUGCGGCUAUCUCCACGGCGGCGCUCGCUACCCACCAAUUUCAUGAGCGUUCUUCGACGAAUUCGCUAGUGGUAACUUUUGAGCAUCAUAUCUUAUUUAUACAGCGCCGUUCGGCGAGGAAAAGUUACAAAAAGCGGGGAGAGUCACCUCGGCGGCGUUCUUGCGCGCGUACGCCUAUAUACAUAGACAAGAUUAUGUAUGAAUUAUUGUUUUGGGUCAAAGACACCUCGGCGCUCCGACUCGCGGCAACAGCGUAAAUACGAUAAGUCCACCUUUAUGUUUCAGCUUUCGUCGCGGCGAGAGUGAGUUUUAGUUGAUAUGAACUCUGCUUUAAAACCAGUGCUGCCCCAACCAGGGGUGCCGCAGCCCGGCGGGCAGGCGAGUCCCGCGAAGGGCAACGUCGCGAGUGCUAAUCACGCAGUAGGGCUCCCGCAGGGCGCAAACUCGGUGCACCUGCCCGGUAACAGUCUGUCCGUACAGAAUCUGUCGCAACACGCGCCGCACGCGCCGCUCGCGCCCGCUGCGCCACCGCCCUCCAUGGCCCCCGUGUCCGCCAACAUGGCGCAAAUGGCGCAGAACAUGAGCCACCACGGCAACCUGUCGCUGCUCCCCGCCGCGCCUGCCCAGCCCAGCCCCAAGGGCGCCGGCCCUAGCGCGCUCAGCCUUGUGCAGCCCUUGGCUCUCACUCGCGCCCCAGACAAGAAAGAUGAACCUGGGCCCGCCAACGGGACCGUCGACUGCCCCAAGCCGGCCGCGGCCGCGCCGCUCAAGCCGCUUCAACCGGAGCCCAAGCAGGACAAACCGGACAUCCCCAAGACAUCCCCCAGUGUGCCUAAGCCACCCGAAAAGCCCGCAAGCACACCACCCACUCCACAGAAGCCUGAAGCCAGUGUACCUGUCAGUCAAACAGAUGGCCCCGCACAGCCUAAAGUAGCAACAGCAAACGAGCCACCCGAAAAGUCCCCAACGAAACCCACUGAGCUUAAACCCGCCCCCACAGCAGACAUUGCACCCUCACAGAGUGACAGCAAGCCAGUCCCAGAGUCGGCUAACGAAAAUCAGAGUCAGGAAAAGCCAGCCUCUCCACCGAAAGAUGCAGAGGUGAGUGCGAAACCUGAACCUUCAGUAGCAAAAGAAGAAAAGGUAGAUGAAGUUGCCCAGAAACCAGCAGUUGUAGAGCCACAGCCCCAGAAAACUGAUAAAACCGAACCAGAAAAGCCCAAAGGUGGUGAACCACCCAAGCAAGAAGAACUAGAAAAACCGGUACCAGCUAAAGAUAUACCGGUAGUAGAAAAGAAACCAGAGACUAAAGUUCUAUCGAAAGCAGAAGUGAAAGUAACACCAAAGUCCACAUUGAAGUUGGCCACAGUGACCCCUCCGAUGAGAAAAAGGCGGCAGGUGUCAGAGAAGCUUGAUGGAGCCACUCCAUCUAAGAAACCUGCGGAGGAUGCUGGGACUCCAGACAUAAGAACUAAAAGGAAUAGGACUAAGGUGCAGCUGUACCAAUCGCCCACGCCGGAGCUCACGAUGGCCACCAAGCUGUCCGCGUCGGCUGGUCGCGCCACGCCCACCAAGCCCAACGACGACAAGCUCAUCGUCUUCUACAAGAACGAAUACCUAGCAGUGCGCAAUGCUGAGGGUGGGUUUUACGUGUGCCAAGCCGUACAGAAUGUAUACCGCUCCACACGCAAGAUCAAGAUUCGCUGGCUCUCGCAGGACAAGGCGGACUCCAAGGGGGAGACAUACAAGCCCGACUUCUAUGACGUCACAGACAUGGAGUGUGUCCUAACAACACUGUCGUUGCAACGCGCGAGCGGCGGCGCGCAAAUACUGAAGGCGGGCGAGCGCGCGCGAGCCCAAUCCAUACUGCAGCGAGCGUUGCGCGCCGAGCAGAGCGGAGCCAACUGUCUGCAGCUUACAGAGGAGCACCCUGACGGAUUGGACCUCUCGCUUUACAAAGACGAGUCGCAACUGGAGAAGAAGGCGACCCGCAAACGGAACAGCUCCAAAUCAUCGCCGAAAGCAGAAGUCAACGCUAGCGACACUGCGAAAAGCGAACCGACGCCAAGCAAAAAGGCGCGCAGCGCGCCCUUGCGCGGCGGCCGAGCGCCGGCCGCGCCCCCCCCUCCCCCCGCGGCGGCCGCGCGCCGCGGCGGCGCGGGGCCGAGUAGCAAGGUAGGCAUAGUGCGACGGAUAUAUAGACAUACGGCCACCGCGUUAACGGAGAAGGCCAAAGCUAAGACGCCGGCGAAGCGGACCCCCGUCAAGCCGGCCAAGGUCGAGACCCCUGUCGUAACGCCGCGGAAAGGAAGACGCGCCGCUAAAGAAAACAAAUCAACUCCGGUAGUGCCAACCCCUUCGACGUCGACGGGCAAAACCAGCCGCACGCGUCGCCCCGUCAAGAAAUAACACACACACAAAACCCCAGUGCGCGCGUCACGCGGUCACACUUGUGUUGUGUGUGCGCCAUGCAGACAAACGCGCGACGUGCGCACGUCACACGGACAUACAUGUGACGUGAGCACGUCACACAUUCUCACGCGGGACUUCUCUGCGUCAUACAGUCACACACGUGACGUAACCGCAUCACACAUUCACACGCGUGUCGUAUGCAUCUCACAAGGAUACUCGUGUGAUGUAAACGCGUCACACACACAGACGUGUGACGUGUAUACGUUGCAAGGACACACGCGUGACGUGAUGGUGUCACACAAACACAUGUAUAAUGUACGCGUCACACAGAGAGCGUAGUCGAGCUUUAUAUGUCAAAUGUCAUUUCAGAGUAAUGAAUACCUUAAUUAGCCUUAUACCCGUAUUCACAAUCAUUACUAUGAGGCUCAGAGUGCGCUCGAACGCACAGUGUAGGUUCCACCAAUCAGAUGACCGUGUCACGUCAAUUUACAAUGAUCUGAUUGGUGGAACCUACACUGCGUUCUGUGAGACCUCAUAGUAAUGAUUGUGAAUACGGCCGUUAAUUAUACCUCACGAAUAAACAAGCAAUAAACAUUAAAGGCCUAGAGUCUAAAGUCUAGAACUCUAGAGUUCUAGACCGACGAGCGAUAUACUUACAUUCGGUAAAGUUAACAGUAGCUUGUGGCUCGUAUCGUUGCGGUCUUGUAAUAAUCCACCAGCGAGCUUUUGAUUUUAUUCGUCCGUUCCAGUGUUUUAGCGCUCUUAUUCUCGUAUGACACUGAAAACUUCAUCCACACGCAAAACGCACAUACUAUAACAACUAAAUGUGUUCUCACCUAUACUACCUCGAUAUAGGACAAAAGUGAAAACAUCUAAAUAAAACUUUUCAAAGGCAUAAAAUUAAAAAAAAAUGUUUGUUGUAGGGCUGUUGAAGAAAAGCAAAACUCGCGCGGGAUUCCAUUUUUGAAAAACAUUGUAAUAAUGAAAAGCGAUUAUAGUUUAUGGCACGAUAAUAUGGUAAAAUACCUCAAUAACAAAUUGCAAACAGCUGUUCUGUUUGGUGGCCAUUUCACAUACGGAUGUACGAAUAGAAAAAGAUAAACAAGAGAUUUUAAUUUUAUAGCACUACUUGGUACUUUAAAACACCUCGAUAAAGGACGGCAGUCUCAAAACGGCUGUUCUGUUUGGCGGCUAUUUUACGAAUAUCAUACGUACUCACGGAUGGAAAAAAAUCGGAGUUACUCGUAAGGUUGAAAUCUAUAGAGACCACUUUGAUUUUGCUUAGACUUAAGUUUCAGUUAAAACGAGACAGAUUUAUGCCAGCGGUAUAACACUGUCUCGUUUUAAUAGUGUCUUAAGUCUGAACAUAGUCAAAUUGCGCUCUAUAGAUCUCGGCCUCAAGUCGCGCCUAAAGCAGUUUUAUUUAAGGGGCAUAACACGGGGUCUGCCCGCGAAAUUCAAAUUUAAUUUGGUUUUUCGCAAUUUGUAAACUAAUACGACAAAGUAGGCUUAUGGUAUUCUAAUUCCGCAAAUGGCAGUAUCAUCU